AUGUUUAGCUAUUGGGAUAAACAACAUUUCUUAGAAAACCAUGAUGUAAUAAUAGUUGGGGGAGGUAUAGCUGGACUUUCUUGUGCUUCGUCUAUACUUGAAACAUAUCCUUCUAAAAAGGUCAUUAUAUUAGAAAGAGGAUAGAUACCAUGUGGAGCAUCAACUAAAAAUGCAGGAUUUUUACUUAAAUAACUAGUAAAAAAAUCUAAUGAUAUUUUAAGAAAAUACUUUCCUGAAGAUGUAUUUAUUAUAAAAAAUGAAAUAGUAGAAGAAUGUGGAUUCAAUAAAUAGAAUAUUAAAUAUAUAGUAUAAAAUAGACUUUGCGGUCAAAUAAAUGUUGGAGAUACUAUAAAGGCUUUAAUAUAAUAUGUUAGUACAAAAGGAGGCUUAUAUUUAACUGGUUGUGAAGUAAUGAAUUAUGAAUAAUAAGGAUAUGAAAUUGUGAAAGUUGAAGUAAAAUGCUCUAUAGAUAAUAAUCAAAAAUAUAUUUUUAAAACAAAAAAUUUAAUUCUUUGUACAAAUGGCUUUACAAAUAACUUGAUAAAAGAAAAUAUGGAUAUGAUACCUCUUAGAGGUUAAAUUAUUAUGACAAAACCUAUUCAAAAUUUAAAGGUAAAAGGUCUUUUUUGUGCGGACUAUACUUCAUAUUAUUUUCGAGUCUUUGAUAAUAGAAUUUUAAUUGGAGGAGGUCUCUUAGAUGCUUAUGAAGAAGAAUAAACUACUGAAUUUAAGAACAGUGAAGCUAUUAAGAAUAGACUUUUGAAUUACUUAAAGGAAUAAAUAUUACCGAAUACUGACUUCGAAGUUGAUUUUAGUUGGUCUGGCAUUAUGUGUUUUUCUAAAAAAAAUAUAGAAUGUAAAGAUUAUAUUAUUUAGAAAAUUGAUAGAAAUGUAUUUUUCGUAGGAAGAUUUUGUGGGUGGGGUAUGUGUAUGGCAAGCUUAGCUGGAUAGGAAACUAAAGAUUUAGUUUUUAAAAAUUUUGGAAAACUUUGA